AUGUCCUAUUCUCUUGUUUUUGAUUCUAUAGCUGUCUCUAACCUGGAUGCAGAGAGUAAACUGAGUGUGUACUACCGAGCACCUUGGCAUCAGCAAAGAAAUAUUUUCCACCCCUCUACCAGACCGCCCUGUGUGGAGGAGCUGCACCGCCACGCCAAACAGAACCUGCGAGCCUUGCGUAGAGAACAACGAAACCGGGGUGAUAACAGAGAGCAGAAAGUCCCAGGGCCCAUCUCUGUGGUGGUUCCCCCAUUUCCCUCCUUCCCUGCAAUCUACAGUCAGAAGAGGAAAGAGAUAAAGGACCGGCACUUGCUAACAUUUAACAGCACCCGCUCGCCUUCCCCCACUGAGUGUUGCCACAUGACCCCAUGGAGUAGAAAGUCCCAUCCACCAGAGGAGGAAGACACAGAUGUCAUGCUAGGGCAGAGGCCGAAAAAUCCAAUACAUAAUAUCCCUUCUACACUGGAUAAGCAAACUAAUUGGAGCAAAGCACUACCUCUCCCAACUCCAGAGGAGAAAAUGAAACAAGAUGCCCAAGUGAUUUCCUCUUGCAUUAUCCCCAUCAAUGUCACUGGAGUUGGUUUUGACAGAGAGGCUAGUAUACGCUGCUCUCUUGUUCAUUCACAAUCUGUACUACAGCGAAGACGAAAGUUGAGAAGGAGGAAAACCAUCUCUGGCAUCCCCAGAAGAGUGCAACAAGAAAUAGAUUCUGAUGAAUCACCAGUAGCGAGAGAACGGAAUGUGAUUGUGCAUGCAAAUCCAGACUUCUCCAGUACAAUCAACAGGAGAUCAGGUACCAGAGACUCUGAGUGCCAGACUGAAGAAAUUCUCAUUGCUGCUCCAUCCAGAAGAAGAAUCCGAGCUCAGAGAGGUCAAAGUGUUGUAGCCUCCUUGUCACAUUCAGCCGGCAACAUUUUGGUAUUGACAGACAACGGUGACGCAAUGUUCACUACAGCAGUGAGCAACCGUAUCCGAUCACGGAGUCUUCCUCGUGAAGGUGCUAGAGCCAGUGAAGCUGAUCAAGAUGCUGAUGCCAAAACUUCAGCGUAUGAAGCAGAAGACUUUUUGGCAAGCCAAGAAAGAAUCCCAAAAAAGGGUAACAAUAACCAGGGUUCACAAGAACACCAGCCCAUAGGUUUAACUUGUUCUCAGCACCUUCACAGCCCAGAACAUAAUGUAAACGAGAGAGGGAGGUCAAGGUUGUCAAGGAUGGCAGAUUCUGGAAGCUGUGAGAUUUCAUCAAACUCUGACACCUUUGGGAGCCCCAUUCACUCUAUCUCCACAGCAGGAGUCCUUCUCAGCAGUCACAUGGACCAGAAAGAUGACCAUCAAUCCUCCAGUGGGAACUGGAGUGGAAGUAGCUCAACAUGUCCCUCACAGACGUCGGAAACCAUUCCUCCUGCUGCUUCUCCUCCGUUGACUGGCUCCUCACAUUGUGACUCAGAAUUGUCACUGAACACUGCUCCUAAUGCCAAUGAAGAUGCUAGUGUCUUUAUAACAGAGCAGUACAGUGAUCACAUAGAUAAGGUUCGAGGUCACAGGGCAAGCUCCUUCACCUCCACUGUAGCGGAUUUACUUGAUGACCCCAAUAACAGCAACACAAGCGAUAGUGAAUGGAAUUACUUGCAUCAUCAUCACGAUGCAUCCUGUCGUCAAGAUUUCAGCCCUGAACGCCCAAAGGAUGACAGCCUAGAAUGCCCAAGUUUUACGAGUAUGGCCACUUACGAUAGCUUUCUAGAAAAGACCCCAUCUGACAAAGCAGACACUAGCUCACACUUUUCUGUGGACACUGAAGGAUAUUAUACCUCCAUGCACUUUGACUGUGGUCUCAAAGGUAAUAAAAGUUAUAUUUGUAACUAUGCAGCCGCAGGCUCUGAGAGUGGCCGGAAUGCAGAUGUUGCUUCCAGUCUCACUGAUUGUGCCUGGCAGGAUUAUGUAAACCACAGGAGGCAGGGAAGACAGAGCAUCUCUCUUAAGAAACCAAAGGCAAAGCCAGCCCCACCAAAACGCAGUUCAUCUUUGAGGAAAUCUGAUGGCAGCACAGAUCUUCCUGAGAAGAAAGAACCAAAGAUAAACAGUGGGCAGCACGUGCCUCACACUUCCAGGGAAAUGAAGCUGCCACUUGAGUUUUCAAAUACACCUUCUAGAGUGGAAAACUCUAAUCUGCCAAGCAAACAGGAACUCUCCUGGAUUAAUCAGAAUGACAGUGAAUUAAAGAACAUUCAGUUUGACACCACGGAUAUUCCAUCAUUUAAAGAUGAAGGUGCUGAACAAUCUCACUAUGCAGAUCUCUGGCUUCUAAAUGACUUGAAAUCUAAUGAUCCUUAUAGGUCUUUAUCCAAUUCAAGCACAGCUACGGGUACUACAGUCAUAGAAUGCAUAAAGUCGCCAGAAAGUUCUGAAUCACAAACAUCCCAAUCCGGAUCGAGAGCCACCACCCCAUCCCUACCUUCUGUUGAUAAUGAGUUUAAGCUGGCUUCCCCGGAAAAGUUGGCGGGUUUAGCAUCACCCUCUAGUGGUUACUCCAGUCAGUCUGAAACACCAACAUCCUCUUUCCCGACAGCUUUCUUCUCUGGGCCCUUAUCUCCAGGGGGUAGUAAAAGAAAGCCAAAAGUACCAGAAAGGAAGUCCUCAUUGCAACAACCUUCUUCUAAAGAUGGCACUGUAUCUCUAAACAAAGAUCUAGAACUUCCAAUUAUACCUCCUACUCAUCUUGACCUAAGUGCUCUUCAUAAUGUCUUGAAUAAACCAUUUGCUCACAGAAACCAGUUGCAUGCUUUUAAUCACAAUAAACAGAACAUGGUAGGAGAAGCACUAAACCCUAAUCCUCCACCAGCCCUUGCUAUUACACCUUCAGUUCUAAAAUCUGUUCACCUUAAAUCGAUUAAUAAGCCUGAAGAAGUGAAACAAAAAGACGAUAAUACAGACCUUCUCUGCAUACAAGAAACCACAUUAAUGGUGACUGCCAUUUCUCCAGGCAAAAUGAGGCCACUUGUAGCUAAGAAAUCAAUAUCACGUCAGUACUCUACUGAAGAUGCCAUAAUGUCCUAUAUUGACUCUUCUCCAGUGGAGACAGGCCCUGAUAAACUGCAUUCAGAAAAAGAUUCAUCUAUCAGUGUACAGAAUAAUUGUGAUCAAGAAACUGUAACCUCAGCAAAUGUGGGUAUUUUAGAAGCAAGCACCAUGAAAGACCAAAUGCAUCCAGUUGGUGAGCCUUUACCAGAGAACACACAAAUCCGUAACACUGCUACAGAAGGGUUUCAAAAAGGUUUAGCUGUCCUCACAAGUGAUUAUGAAGUUAAGAUAACUUAUCAUGAAACAGAACAGGAAGGGAGCCUCGAUCCUGUGCAGAUUAAGCAAGAAUUACCUGCAGUCUGUGAACAAAAGUUGGAAUCUAAACCUGUGGAUGAAACCACAUUCCAGUCUGAUCUACCAGUUGGGGGAGCAGACAUUAGUAAUCAGCCUAAGCAUCAGUUUGAUAUAAGCCACCGUGAUGACAAAGUGCCUGGGAAUAUCAGCUAUGAAUCAGAGAUAUCAACUGUAAAUUCACUUAAUGAAAAAAGUUCUGAGCAGGAAAAUGAUGUUGCAUCAGGUAUUCCAACCAAAAGUGCCUCUGAUGACAGCAGGGCAGAGGAGACACAAGGGAGUGCAGAUGAUGCUUCACUGAAAGAAUCUUCUCCAAGUGAUGAUUCCAUAAUUUCACCAUUGAGUGAAGAUUCUCAGACUGAAGCAGAAGAUGUUUUUGUGUCUCCAAACAAACCUCGCACUACAGAGGAUCUAUUUGCAGUCAUUCACAGAUCAAAAAGAAAAGUACUUGGGAGAAAAGAUUCUGGAGAUGUUUCUGUAAGAAACAGAUUGAGAGCUUCAUCUGGGGCCAGCAGCACGUCACCUGCUAGCAGCACGUCACCUGCCAGCAGUGUGCCACCUGCCAGCAAUGUGGGAGCCCCAACAAGCAGUCAGAGGUCUCCAGGUCUUAUUUACAGGAAUGCCAAAAAGUCCAACACAUCUAACGAGGAAUUUAAGCUACUGCUCCUUAAAAAGGGCAGUCGAUCCGAUUCUAGCUAUAGGAUGUCAGCGACCGAGAUACUAAAGAGCCCUAUUUUGCCCAAAUCUCCCAGUGAGCUAAUUGUGGAUUCCCCUCAAAACACUGAUGAGACUCCCCAGGCAUCAACUCCUGAAGCAUUAUCCCCCCUGUCUCCUUGCUCCCCUAGAGUUAAUGCAGAAGGUUUCUCCUCCAAGAGCUUUUCUAUGUCUGCAUCUUCAAGAGUAGGGCGCUCGCGGGCACCUCCUGCAGCCAGCAGCAGCCGUUACAGCGUACGCUGUAGGCUGUACAAUACGCCGAUGCAAGCUAUCUCAGAAGGAGAAACUGAGAAUUCAGAUGGCAGCCCUCAUGACGACCGAUCUUCUCAGAGUUCAACAUAGGUUGCCUAAGCUCCAGAGAGCCACACUGUUGACUGUGAAACUUGUAAACUCUGAAAUUACUGGGGUUAUAAAAGGAUGUGAAUAUAAGAGGCCAACGCUGUAGCAGUCAAAACAAUUGCAGGGCAAUAUCAAUGCUUAAAAGUGUUUGUGUUUAUAAGAUGCUGGGAAAACAGAAAUUUAGAGCUGUAGCUACUGAUUACUUUACAUUUUCUAAAAAGUAGAAAUAUAUGCUAUGUCUCUUCUGUUUACCUUUAGCUUCAUUUAUCCUACUCUCAUUCCUGUUGUCACUGUAGAUUUCAAAAUCAUCCAAUUUUCAUAGAAUUAAAAAUAACUUUUUUUUUAAGUUGCCCAUUUAGGAACAAAACCUCUCACUGUAGUGCUUCCCUAGGGAAAAAAUGAAAUUGUGCUUACGGAUUGGUAUUUUUCUACACUAAAAUGAACUGAAACAAAAUUUAGAAAAAAUUAACAGAACAUAUGUAAAUACCAUAUUUUUGAUAAAAAUCUGUAAAUAGAAUAAUCAGAAAAAAGUGGACACAUGGCAAACAGUUUACUGCAUAACAACUUUGUUUAUAGAAGACAAAAAUAGUAAAAUGUACUAACUGUAUUCUGUGAAUACCA